ACUGCCGAGGCCAGGGGGGCGCAGUGGUCGCGCGGAGUCGCGCGCGCCCAGUCACGGUCGGUGCUUUGCUAGUCUCGGUCACACCGCACGUCGCCGCCGCUUGUUCCAACGCCGUAUCAUCGCGCAGUAUUUUUGUUUUCCAAAUCGCUUAAGAGUGCUAGUGAUAAUCCGAUACCGUAUCGCCAAUAGCGAGCAUCAGUGGUAGCUACGUGUACGACGAAGCGUUGGCCGCUGCUGUGUGCCCGCUCUGUGCCGAAUUGAAAUUGUUCACGCUAACGAAACGUCGAGAUAAAUUCUUAGAGAGUGCAUUUACAGGGGAUUUUGUACGUGGUUACAGUAUCCUUGUGUGAGUUGAUAGUGUCGCUUUUUGUGAAACACGAUGAGGCCGAAAGAGGAGGCUGACAUGAAAGUCCAAACGGGGACAUUCAUUCUGUCUGAGAAAAUUGACGAUACAAAGUCGAAGAAAAGCGAAAAAGAAAUUAAAAAGGAAAUGAAACGGCUCGAGAAAGAGAAACAAGAGAGGGAGAAGAGGGACAAAAAAGCAAGAGAAAAGGAAAAAGAGCGAGAGAAACAAGCAAAGAAAGGCAAGGUGGUGUGCGCGUCGUGCGGCGGCAAGUGCAGCGGCGAGGUGCUGCGCGUGUCGGACAAGUACUUCCACACGGCGUGCUUCACGUGCCGCACGUGCUCCGCGUCGCUGGCGCGCGGCGGCUUCUUCUGCAAGGACGGCCACUACUACUGCCCGCAGGACUACCAGCGCGCCUUCGGCACGCGCUGCGCCGCCUGCGGACAGUACGUCGAGGGCGAGGUCGUCUCCGCCCUCGGCAACACAUACCACCAGAAGUGCUUCACCUGCGCGCGCUGCAAACGCGCGUUCCCGUCGGGCGAGAAGGUGACGUACACAGGUGCGGAGGUGGUGUGCUCGACGUGCGUGGCGGCGCCCGUGCGGCAGACCGCGCGCGCCGCCGCGCAGCUGGACGCGCCGCGCGCGCCCUCCGCCACGCCCGCCACGCCCGCCACGCCGGCACACCACGACCAGAAUGAGUGCGCGGGCUGCGGGCAGGAGCUGUCCGAGGGGCAGGCGCUGGUGGCGCUGGACAGACAGUGGCACACGUGGUGCUUCGCGUGCGGCGAGUGCGGCGCGGUGCUGCAGGGCGAGUACAUGGGCCGCGACGGCGUGCCCUACUGCGAGCGCGACUACCAGCGCCUCUACGGCGUGCGCUGCGCCUACUGCCAGCGGUACAUCUCGGGGAAAGUCCUGCAGGCGGGCGACAACCACCACUUCCACCCGACGUGCGCGCGCUGCAGCAAGUGCGGGGACCCGUUCGGGGACGGCGAGGAGAUGUUCCUGCAGGGCGCCGCCAUCUGGCACCCGCGCUGCGGGCCCGCGCCGCGCGACCCCGCCGCCGACCCCGACGACCCCGCCACCGACCGCGCCUCCGCCGACCUCCAGUUCUCGCUGCGCUCGCGCACGCCCAGUGUCAACGGCUCCUACUGCAGCCCCUACAGUAGCUUGACCAGGAAGUACGGGUACCGCGCCGUGUCCCCGGGGCUGGUGCUGCGCGAGUACCGCGACGCGGGCGCCGUGUCCCCGCACCGCAUCACCACGUACUCGUACCUGACGAGCGAGCCCAGCUACCUGCGCCGCCCGCUGCAGCCGUACGACCGCCCGCCCACCUCGCCGCACUUCCACCGCCCGCCGUCGGGCGGCUCGCGCGCCUCGUCCCGCGCCGGCGCCGCCAGCAAGGCGUCGGCCGGCAGCCGGCCCGGCAUGCGCGCGCUGGUCGACUCCAUCCGCGGGGACACGCCGCGGCCCAAGUCGCCGCACAUGAACAACGAGGAGCCCAUCGAGCUGUCGCACUACCCGGCCGCCUACAAGCCGCCGCCCGGCACCAAGCCCAAGAUCGAGCGCGACGACUUCCCCGCGCCGCCCUACCCCUACACCGACCCAGAGCGGCGCCGGCGCUGGUCCGACACGUACAAGGGGGUGGCGGACAGCGACGACGAGGGCGACGGCAAGGUCAACGGGAAGCUCAACGGGAACGGAGACAUCGACCCCAAGCUGCGCAGGGAGGAGCACGAACUCGCCAAGAUCGAGACCGGCAUCGCGCAGGUGUUCCUGAAGGAGGUGAAGGAGCGCGAGAAGCUGCAGCAGUGGAAGAAACAAAACCUCGACCCCAGGAACGCCAGCAGGACCCCGUCGGCGUCCCGCGAGCCGCUGCCCCGGCUGCGCUACUCGUCCCCGGUGGGCGCGUCCCCGUCGCGCUCGCUGGAGUCGCGGCCGCACGAGCCCGAGCACCUCGAGCACAGCGUGCCCUGCUACAACGUGGUGUCGUCGCUGCGCGCCGCGCCGCGCCCCGGGUACGGGCUGGCGCCGCGCUCCCACACCUUCUCCUCCUCCACCGCAGGCGACUUCACAUUCAGCGGGAUGGGAGACAAGACGCAUAGCACCGACUUCAGCAGCGGCAAGUCAGACAUGCGGACGGAGCUGUGCAUAUCUGCCGGCUCCAUAACUGAUGUGGAUCGAAGUGCUGUGACGACGGACGGCGGCGUGGCGGCGCGCGGCGUGGCGGGCGCGGGCGGCAGCGUGGCGGGCAGCGUGGCGGGGCGCUACGCGGGGCCCGGCGCCGGCGGCCCGGGGCCCGGCGUGCGGCGCUCGCUGCCCAACAUGGCCACGUCGCACCUGCUGCACGAGCCCGCCAAGCUGUACCCCUACCACCUGCUGCUCAUCACCAACUACCGCCUGCCGCCCGACGUGGACCGCCUCAACCUCGAGCGCCACCUGUCGGACGCGGAGUUCGAGGCCAUCCUGCAGAUCGGGCGCCAGGACUUCUACCGCCUGCCGCAGUGGCGCCGCAACGAGCUGAAGCGGCGCGCGCGCCUGUUCUAGUCGCCGCGCGAUGACGUCACAUUCACACAGCGCAGCGGACGGCCCGCGUUCUCCUAACGAUGCCUUCUUGUACAUGAGAUGAUAUAUACAGAUACCUAUAUACUAUGAUAUAUAUUGUGAUUUGUGUGGGCGCGUCAAUUCGUUUUACAUUAGUGAGAACCAAAUAUAUUACGAUUUGUAAGAUAAAUAUUUUCAGUUAGAGUUUAAGUUGGGACAUAGAUGAGUAUAUCGCUAUGUAUCGGUAGCUAUAAGUGUAGCUUGUGGUAGCGGACGAAGUGUGGGCGCGGGGCGUGACGUCAUAAUACUUUAGUUUGUACUCCACGCAAACUGUCAUAAUAGGUGCGGCGCCGCACUCGCUUACCUUGUAAGUCGUUGUUUUUAAUUUUAUUAUACGCAGAUAUUAUUUUUGGUUGCAAUAUACUUGAAACUAUUACACCAAGGCAUUUUUUUUUCGGUGUGAUUCCGACUGUUUACGGUCUAAUAUACUUUUAAUUAAAUAUACGCCACAAAAUAAUAGGUAGCUAUAUGACAAAGUGAUAUAGCAUACAUGUGACGAGCAGCUCUACUCUGUGCCGCGACACAUCGCUAGGGCACUGUUCUUAUCUAAAUCGAAACGUUUGAGAGCAGAAUGAAUCUUUCCACGAGGUAGAAACCUGUCAGCGACAUAAUAACCACUAGUCUCUCCGUGUGCACGGUCCUGUCAGCACUUAUUGUUAUUUAUAUGUCCAAUAUAGUAAUCAAAUUACUGUAAAAUGUCCGAAGCCAGAUCGGAGUUGUAUAAAUUCAUGUUUCUUAUUGGCAAUCAUAAUAUUUAUUAAUAUAACGUACCUAUAAUAUUGCACUUACAUUACUCUCGAAGCUGUGCAUGCCUACGAAUUUGACUAAAUCGAUCGUUCAGACAAUGUUCUACACGCUAAUAUAUAGUGAGUGUAUGUUUGUGUGGCACGCUACGGACGUAACGUGUCGGCUCGUGGCCCUGGUAGGGGGCGCUUGGAACCUAAUCAUAUUUAUGUAUUUUGAAAAUUUUAAACGAUAAGCGAUGUCAGCUUUCUAUGUAAUGUGUGCGGAUGAGUGAACGAGUUAAAUUAUUUAUAUUGAAUUGUAUUAGAUGUAUAUAUAGAGUUUAUUUUGUAAUAAUGCUAUGGAGACUGGCGGGAACACCGCAACUGUAACUCCGAAUGUCGGCCACCGGCACACCGCGCGGCCUGAGCCACUGCAUACUUGAGAAAACUCCUUUUUUAAUUUGUUUAUUAAAUGGUAAUAGAAGUUGAUCAGUAAUUUGGUGACAUUAGCUGUCCGUUGCCUAUUGUUACCAGAUGCCGUGAUAUUGGACAUCGGCUAGGGUUUGUUUAGUAGCUACAAGAGCCACCUAGUCAGACAAACUAUGAAUGCUCACGAUAACAGGUUUAUCAUGAGUAUAAGAGAUUAUAAUGAUAGUCCCGUUUAUUGUAUAGUUACAGUUGCGGUGUCUCCUUGCAGGCUGUUGUAACCCGGAGUGUACUCUCCACUCCCUGACUGCAGCGAGUGCCAGUAUGGCAGUGCCAGUGGCACACAGUGCUACAGUCACGGAGUGGCGUGUACCUCCGCGGUGGAGAGGAUCAAUGUUUCGCUUCUUGUACAGCCAGCGUAGCGCACGCCGCGUGAGUCGCGACUUACGACAUCAUUUCCUACAAAUACAUAUAUAAAUGUAUAACUAUGUGUGAGCGUAAUUUACUUAUCAGCGACGAACGUGAAGACGACAUGCUUUUAAAAUAAUAAACUUGCAUUUCCGAUUAA